AUGAGAGUAACAACCUUCGUGAUCUUGUGCUGUGCUCUGCAGUAUGUCUCUGCAGAUGCAAUUGAUGAUGCAUUGCAAUAUGCACUCAGAAAUGGCAGACUGGAAACAAAAAAAGUAAACGAAACUGAUGAACUAGACUACGACGCAACAGGUAAUGUUUACGAAAAAUCUACAACAACGAAAGAAUACGAAGCUUAUGGCGAUGUCGACAAAGACGUGACAGGAGAUGAUGUCAAAGUUAAAACAAUUGUUAUAAAAACUGACUCAACCGGUCAUGAAACAAUAUGGGAAGAAGAUGUACUCAUUCAUAAGAAGAGCCAGCCAGGCUCAUCGGCUGAAACAGAGACAAGAACAGUUUUAAGUUCGAAGCCACGAGGUCCACUCAAUGCAGGCUCAACCGCAGCAUCAAGCGUGUCAUCUGUCUCAACAGCUAGCACUGGCGCUGCUCCUGGAUCUACUGUUGGUUACAAUACACCAAUACAGUACUCACCUUACGGAAAUCAAGCUGGAGCAGCAGCUUCUGCUGCCGCUGCCGCCGCUGCAGGCUCAGCUGGAAGCGGUAAUUACGCAAACGGAUUGAACGGACUCUACGGUGGGUUAGGAGGCGUAGGCCAAGACACCAUUGUGAUCAACAACCACAACAGCGGUGCUUCUGGAUCUUCGUCGAGCGCUGCUGCUUCAAGCUCUGCUGCCAGCUCUGGUAACAGUCUUGCCGAACAGGAAGCAAUUCUAGAAGCCACAGAAGCAGCCGAAGCCGCUGCCAUCGCUGCCGCAUCUGGACGUUAUGCACCUUACGGUAACCAAGUCGUUAUCAACAACGAGUCAGGUUCUGGAUCAUCAUCAGCCGCCUCAGCUGCUUCGGCAUCCACCGCCGCUGCUGGACAAGGAUCUGGUCCUGGAUUAAACGGUGCCGCUCUAUACGGCUCUAACAGUCUUUACGGAUUGAAUGGUCUCAACGGACUCAACGGUCUUAACGGACUACUUGGAGGACAAGGUUCCGGAUCGGCAGCUUCCGCCGCCGCUGCCGCAGGCUCUGCCGGUCGUGGAAACUUAGGGCUACUCGGAUCAUCGGGAGUAUAUGGAAACGACGGUCAAGGCGCCGUCAUUAUCAACAACAAUGGAGCAAGCGGAUCUGCAUCGAGUGCUUCUGCCUCAAGCUCAGCCGCCGCUUCCGCCGGCUCAGACUCUGGACUCGCUGCUCAAGUAGCCGCACUAGAAGCAGCUGAAGCCGCUGCCAUCGCUGCCGAAUCUGGACGUUACGCACCUUACGGUUCUGGAUCAUCAUCAGCCGCCUCAGCUGCUUCGGCAUCCGCUGCCUCUGCUGGACAAGGAUCUGGUGCUGGAUUAAACGGUGCCGGUCUUUACGGCUCUAAUGGACUUUACGGAUUGAAUGGUCUCAACGGACUCAACGGUCUUAACGGACUACUUGGAGGACAAGGUUCCGGAUCUGCAGCUUCCGCCGCAGCUGCCGCCGCCGCUGCCGCAGGCUCUGCCGGUCGUAGAAACUUAGGACUACUCGGAUCAUCGGGAGUGUAUGGAAACAACGGUCAAGGCGCCGUCAUCAUCAACAACAAUGGAGCAAGCGGAUCUGCAUCGAGUGCUUCUGCCUCAAGCUCAGCCGCCUCUUCCGCCGGCUCAGACUCUGGACUCGCUGCUCAAGUAGCCGCACUAGAAGCUGCCGAAGCCGCUGCCAUCGCCGCCGCAUCUGGACGUUACGCACCUUACGGUAACCAAGAGCCACAAGUUAUAGUCAUAAACGAAAAUAUACCCAGUGGCUCUGCCUCAGCAUCUUCAUCUGCAUCGUCAUCGUCAGCCUCAGAAGAUGGCCAGGGAUUUCUUGACUUAACAGGCCCCAAGAAUUACGGAAAUAGGUUUGAUGGAUUAAAUGGACUUGAUUCUGGUUAUGGCCCAUAUGUUAGCCAAGGACCUCAAGUUGUUGUAAUCAAUGAAGCUGGUUCAGGAGGUGCUGCAUCUGCAUCAUCUGCAGCAUCUUCCACUGCCAUUUCUUCCUACGGACGUGGAAGAGGACGGGUGCGCCAAUCAUGCAAACUAAACCGUCGUCAAUUUAUCAUAAGAUAUGGCAGAAAAGGUCUCGCCUGUACUGAUUGUUAG